AAAGACUAAAAUGUAUUUAGUCUAUUCUUGCCUUCACAUCCUUGCUUUGAUGGGCUGAUAAACAUCGAACUCGACCUUUCGGUAGAUGUCUUAUAAUCUUUCUUUUUUUAAUCAGUCAUUCGGCAUCUGAUCUGAUCUGGAUUUUGAUGAGGAUGAGGAUGAAGGCCUUGGUGUUUUAUCCCGUGGUGAUUAUAAUCGCCCUGAGCAUGAGAAUUCCCUGUGCCUUUGGUCUGGAUGUACGUCUAAUUGGAGGACCUGACAUCUACAGUGGUCGAGUAGAGGUUCGUCAUAAUGGUGUCUGGGGUACUGUCUGCGAUGACGGGUGGGAUAUCCAAGCUGCAACAGUCGUCUGUAAAAUGCUUGGCUUUGAGAACGCAUCGAUGUCCACUGGUUAUGCAUCAUAUGGCGAAGGCUCAGGCAGUAUCUUCCUGGAUAAUGUUCACUGCAGUGGACUGGAGACCGAUCUAGGAGAGUGCAGUCACCGUGGGUUUGAAGUUCAUGAUUGUCAACAUAACGAGGAUGCGGGCGUUGUGUGCUCUCGAAACGAUCCCGAUCUUCAAGUUCGUCUAGUUGAUGGACAAACCGCCUUAGAAGGUCGCGUUGAGGUGGUCUUUAACGGUUCUUGGGGAACAGUUUGCGAUGAUUUCUGGGACUUGGACGACGCCAGAGUUGUAUGCAGAAUGCUUGGCUUUCAGACCGCAAUGAGAGCAGUCUCAAGUGCUGGAUACGGUGAAGGUUCUGGAAGCAUCAUUCUUGAUGACGUCGAAUGCCUUGGGACAGAACGCAACCUUGCUGAAUGCUCCCACAAUGGAUAUGAGAUUCAUAAUUGUGUACACAGCGAAGACGCUGGUGCUGUCUGCGCUAAUGUUCGUCUAGUUGGUGGACGAACCGCCUUAGAAGGUCGCGUUGAAGUGCUCUUUGAAGGUUCUUGGGGAACAGUUUGCGAUGAUGGCUGGGACUUGAACGACGUCAGAGUUGUAUGCAGAAUGCUUGGCUUUGAGACCGCAGUGAGAGCAGUCACGAGCGCUGAAUACGGACCAGGUUCUGGAAGCAUCAUUCUUGAUGAAGUCAGAUGCCUUGGGACAGAACGCAACCUUGAUGAAUGCACCCACAGGGGAUAUGAGAAUCAUAAUUGUGGACAUAGCGAAGAGGCUGGUGCUGUCUGCGCUAAUGCUGAUCAGAUUCAUGAUUCUGGACAUAGCGAAGACGCUGGUGCUGUCUGCGCUAAUGGUGAGAUUAUGCUCAUGGAACUCAAAGAUCUUCAAGUUCGUCUAGUUGGUGGACAAACCGCCUUAGAAGGUCGCGUUGAGGUGUUUUUUAACGGUUCUUGGGGAACAGUUUGUGAUGAUUCCUGGGAUUUGAACGACGCCAGAGUUGUAUGCAGAAUGCUUGGCUUUCAGAUCGCAGUGAGAGCAGUCGCGAGCGCUGAAUACGGACCAGGUUCUGGAAGCAUCAUUUUUGACAAUGUCAGAUGCCUUGGGACAGAACGCAACCUCGCUGAAUGCUUCCACAAUGGAUAUGAGAAUCAUGAUUGUGGACAUAGCGAAGACGCUGGUGCUGUCUGUGCUAAUGACACCACGAUUGAGCAUUUUGAAGUUCGUCUUGUCGAUGGAAGAAGCAGGAAUGAAGGAAGGGUUGAGAUGUUCUACAACACAUCCUGGGGGACGUUGUGUGGUGUUGGAUGGGACUUGAGAGAAGCCGACGUGGUAUGUAGAAUGCUGGGGUUCACGGAUGCUUCAGACGUGCUACAUAAUGCAGCGUUCGGUGAAGGAAUCGGAAUGGUCUUUCUGGAAGGUAUCUCCUGUCUUGGAUCAGAGAACAUCCUGAUUGGCUGUGUCUUCACAUCUUUGGAAGCGAACAGCUGUCCACAUAGUCAGGAUGUCGGAGUCAUGUGCUUUGAUAUCGAAGGCCAAAUUGACCCCAACAUCCUCAUUGGGACAUCCAGAACAUGUCUAUCAUGGUUCGACUGUUAA